AUGGAUGUCUCGGAGAGUCGCUUCCGCUACAGGACAAAACGUCACCGGAACUUUGGGUCUUGGGGCCGUGGAACAAUCCGGAAAACAAAACCGACAAGAUUUAAAACAACAUCUGCUCCAUUUCCAUCUAACCGAGUUAUCCGUCAAGAUGAAUGCGGGAUUAUUGUCGAUAAACUCCCCAAGAAGCGUCCACCAGGCCCAAUUUGCCUGAGAAUGAGCGAUACUCAAAAAUUAGCCAUGCUGAGAGAAGUUGGAGGGUACAUUCCCCGUUAUAUGGCUCUAAACAGAAAGCAUGCAGAGAAAUUUGAGGAUCUAACCUUGGAUCGAUUACCUUUACCGAGUAAUGUAUCCAGUUCGCAAACAAAUGCUUCGAUCCCCACUGGAACUCAGAGUGACGUCAGAAGCAAACGUACGGUAGAUGACUCGGUAACUUUUAUACAACAAUGCCGAGUCGCUGGUGUGGACCCGGAAAUUGGACUAUUGCGCCUGUGUACUGAGUGCUCAGCGUUUACCGAGCUGCCGGCAAAUGUUUUCCCGCGUUUUAUCAAUGAAGUCGUUUGCAAUUUUGGCUUGCCACCAGCGGUCAACGGGCCAGAUUGUUUUAACCGCAUAGGAUUUUGCCAACAAGGAGUAAUCAGACUUAAUUUUCUUCGAUCAACAGGGGAAUUUGAGGAAGAUGAUGAUGACGAUGAUGUUUUUAUUGAGGAAUUGGAAACAUUUGAACGGGAUAUUAGGACAUGCUGUCAAUGUCGAGCGUUCACUUUUAUCGGCAUCGGCUAA